GACUCCUCACGUGCUAUGCAAACCCAGUCUUUCAAAUCUCUGGUUAUGGAGAUCCGCCUGCUCAUUCCAAUCUACAUUAUUUCAUUCUUCCAAGCAUCAGGAGCCAGGCAGAAAUCUUCAAAUCUGGAUUGUUUAUAUGACUCGUUUGAGACAGUCAUUUGCACCUGGAUCCCUGUGAAAAAUGCUAUGAAAGGGCAAUGCCAAGUCACUGCUUCAGUCGAAUAUGAGAAACCACCUAAGACAUGUCAAAUGAAUGGCACGAGCAUAAGGAGCUGUAAACUGAUUCUUGAGGAUUACAGCUUGACUAUUGUAGACACUAUUCUCUUCGUUGUGUCUUGCUAUACUGGGGAGAAGUGGACAGAGGUUCAUAAUCAGACAAUAAAACCAUUUCAGAACAUCCAGCUUCAGCCUCCUUGCGAGUUUCAACUGGAAAAUGCCCACAAGCCUUCCUACAAUUUAACGUGGACACUUUGUGUUGUCUCCCACUACCUAAGUGAAAAACUGGAAUAUGAAAUACGUUAUAGAGCAACUUCUUCUGGUGAGAAUGACACAAUCCUACCCAUAAUUCAGGAUCAGAAAUGGGUAGUAAUAGAGAACCUUUCUCCUGACACAGUGUUUGAGGCAGCCAUUCGUGUCAAAAUAAAACAGAUCAAAUUUUACAAAAGCGUAUGGAGCAGGUGGAGCAUGCCUCCUUUAAGAUGGAGGACAGAUCCUGAAGCAUCUCCAGAAAGUACACACCUUCCAAUUAUUGUAGCUGUUGCUGGGAGUUUCAUUUCCAUCUUCAUCAUUUUCUUGGUGUUUUUAUCGCCAGCAUCAAAACGCUUUAGAAAGAAGUUUAAUGUCAAUUUGCCAGAUCCAGCUGAGUUCUUUCCAUCUCUCACUGGUAUCCAUGGAGGAGAUAUCCAGAAGUGGUUGUCCUCCCCAGCAUCCAUUACUUCCUUCCAUAUUGCAGCUGAAGCUCCCAAUGUCUCUAUGUUAGAGAUAAUUCAAAGUUGCAGCAAGAAGUCCUACCUUCUCCCUCCUAAGGAAUACUUCACAAAUAUUGAGAACAUAACAGAGACCAGUGGACAGUCCUCAGGCAGCUGCUUUACAAACCGUGGCUAUUUCUUUUUCCAUCAUCUUGAUUCCUUUGAGAUUGAUUCUUGCAAGGUGUAUUUUACUAAUGAGGCUCUGACUCGUAGUGAAGAUAGUUAUUCCUGUUUCCACAAAGAGCUCCAUGAAGCAAGUCACAAUGUCUCAACAUCUACCAACAUCAUGAGUAACCAGGAAAAUGAUGCUUUUCUUCAAGAUUAUUCAAGAGGCAGUCUUCCAUCAGAGAGCGACUUCCCAAUAGCAUCAACGGUAGAACAGAAUGAGAACACAGAAGAGAGAAUUCCGCUUGCCUUGUCUUCAAAAUCCCCUGAUCAGUAUUCCAUAGAUGAUUCAAGUGAGCGAAAAUCAUCUAGCCGCAAUACUGAUGGAAGAGAAUUACUCAGAAAUGAAGACUUAUUUAACAAUGUUAUGGGAAAUAACAGGUUCAUGUUUUUAAAUCAAGGCCAAUCCAAUAAUAUCUGCAGAACUGCAUCCUCCAGCCAGAUCCCCAGUUCCUCAGAAGCCUAUCUGUCCUUGCGGGAUCUUCAGAGACAUUAUAGUCAUCAUUCUGUCUAAGGCCACGAUAGGAAGCCUCUUUUGAGAGCAAUAUCGUUUCUUUAUAUAUAUCAUUCACUUGGUCCAAUCAAGUAAGCAGAAAUUCUUUUGACAUGAUUUCUAAUAAAAGAAUGGAUAGAAGAUUUCAUACUUUAUAGAGAUGUCAUUCAGAGAAACCUGGCCGGCUGACUUCCAGCUGAUGUCUAGCACCACCUGUCGCAAGAAACAGAGCUAUUCAUUCCUUUGCUGGCUUCUCCCUUUUUGUGGACUCCGAAAGGAGCCAAAGCUGCCUUCUACGGGUGGCAAAGAUAAGAAGGGACGCUCUGAAAGUUCGCAGGAGAGAUCUCAACUCUCCUGGUGAACCCUGGGGCUUUUGUCCCUCUAUGCCACAGCGAGGAAAAGAGGCAGUCUAUGAUGGCUGCCAUGAAGCUGGAACAGCCAACAAACAUCUAAGUACUGUGCAGGUGCGGACUUUGGUGAAUGGUAUAUGAACUGGAUGAGAGAAUAUUUUCGGUUAAAAUUUGACCCCAAGAAAAUUUAGGGGAAAUUUAUAUUUAGAACUAUUUGUUAAAGUGGCAAACGAGAACUUUGAAAGAUUACUAAACUGGAAGGAGGAUAAUCCAAAAGAGCGGAAAUUUAAAUAUAUAUAUAUAGAAAAUUGGACUCUCGAAGUAAGAAGACUUUUAUUGAGAAGGCAUUUUAACAUUCUGGAACUAUGGACUUAAAAAAUUAAUACUGCUUUUUUAUUGGAAUUAUAAUUUAAAAUAAUUAAAAUCAGACUUGCCAAUAACACAUCGUGAAGUAGAGAAUGCCAUCUGCUGAUGAGAGGGAAAAUAUGCAAGCCUGGGAAUAACCAUUUGAAGAAUUGAAAAUACUUACUGGAUUAUAUACAUCUAAUCUAAGAUCACUGGAGAUUUGAAUAUUUAAAUAAGAGCUUUAAGUAAAAGACCCCUGAAUGUUAUGCUAUAUGAACAUAUAAAAGUGAUUUGAGGAGGCUUGGACAACCCCCUGAUUUAUUUAAAUGGAUUUGACUGAUUAUUUAUGAGAUAUUAAAAAUUGUGAUUUGUGUAAUCUCAGUUUUGAAUGAAUUAUUCCUGGACUGCUGGCUAAAAGUGGGACCUUUUAAACAAAAUAAGACACAACGCAAGGCGGAAGUGAGUAGAAUUUUAAACGAAAUGUAGCUGGUAUUUCAAAGCAUUAAGGACUUUAUACAGGAACAACAUAAGGUGAUGAUGAAAUAAUUUGAUGGCAUAGACCAAAAACUGGAAAAUAUACAAGGGACAAUGAGCAAAGACCAGGACAAUCAGGAAAGAAAGGAGCCACCAGAAGUAAUGGAGGGAAACAGAACCGAAAAUCCAGUGAAAAGAAGAUAACAAGGAGGAGAUAUCAUCAAAAUUAAUAAUGACUAAGGAAUUCAAACAGGAGGAAAAUAUUUAAAAAGAUUUAAAAAGGGAAUGAGAGAAACAGGAAUAUAUCUGGGGAAAGGAGAUAGGGGUUAGAAGAGAAAGCUUUAAGAAUAGAAUAGAAUAGAAUAGAAUAGAAUAGAAUAGAAUAGAAUAGAAUAGAAUAGAAUAGAACAGAGUUGGAAGGGACCUUGAAGGUCUUCUAUCAAAUCUGAUGAAUUCCCCCGUCCAAAUCAUUGAUGAAGAUGUUGAAGAGUACUGGGCCUAAAAGAAAACCUUAGGAUACUCCACUGCAUACUUCCCUCCAUGUAGAUGCAGUUCCAUUGAGGACUACAUGUUGAGUGCGACUGGUCAGCCAGUUACAAAUCCAUCUGGUGGUGAUGCUGUCACCAUUUUUCUACUUUAUAUAGUAGUAGGUUAUGGUCUACUUUGUCAAAUGCCUUACUGAAGUCCAAGUAAAUUAUAUUGACAGCAUUCCUGUGGUCCACUAAUUUUGUCACUUUGUCAAAGAAUAGAAUAGAAUAGAAUAGAAUAGAAUAGAAUAGAAUAGAAUAGAAUAGAAUAGAAUAGAAUAGAACACCGCCCUGAGUCCUUUGGGAGAAGGGCAGUAUAAAAAAUUUAAUUAAUGAAAUAAAAAAUUAAAUAAAUAAAUAGAAUAGAAUAGAAUAGAAUAGAAUAGAAUAGAAUAGAAUAGAAUAGAAUAGAAUAGAAUAGAAUUCUUUAUUGGCCAAGUGUGAUUGGACACACAAGGAAUUUGUCUUUGGUGCAUAUGCUCUCAGUGUACAUAAAAAGAAAAGAUAAUUCAUCAAGAAUCAUAAGGUUCACACUUAAUGAUAGUCAUAGGGUACAAAUAAGCAAUUGAAUCAUACUAGGAAACAAUCAAUAUAAAUCGUAAGGAUACAGCAACAAGUUACAGUCAUUUAGUCAUAAGUUGGAGGAGAUGGGUGAUAGGAACGAUGAAAGAUUAAUGGUAAUAGUAAUGCAGACUUAGUGAAUAGUUUGACAGUGUUGAGGGAAUUAUUUGUUUAGCAGAACGAUGGCAUUCAGGAAAAAACUGUUUUUGUGUUUCGUUUUCCUGGUGUGCUGUGCUCUAUAGUGUUGUUUUGAGGGUAGGAGUUGAAACAAUUUAUGUCCAGGAUGUGAGGGGUCUAUAAAUAUUUUCACAGCCCUCUUUUUGACUCGUGCAGUAUACAAGUCUUUAAUGGAAGGCAGGUUGGUAGUAACUGUUUUUUCUGCAGUUCUAAUUACCCUUUGAAGUCUGUGUCUGUCUUGUUGCGUUGCAGAACCAAACCAGAUAGUUAUAGAGGUGUAGAUGACAGACUCAAUAAUUUCUCUGUAGAACUGUAUCAGCAGCUCCUUGGGCAGUUUGAGCUUCUUGAGUUGGCAUAGAAAGAACAUUCUUAGUUGUGCUUUUUGAUGACAUUUUUGAUGUUAGCUGUCCAUUUUAGGUCUUGAUAGAACCUAGAAAUGUGAAGGUCUCUACUGUUUUUUUUUUUUUUAUAUUCAAAAAGUUUUUAUUAGUCAAAAAAAAGGUUUAUACAAAUACAUAUCAGGUAUGGUAAAUUUUCAUUUUUCUUAUCUAAAAUAAGAAUUUUACUCAAAUUUUUUAACACAUACAACAGCCAUAUGGCAAGCAGGUGACACGAAGUAGCUAAGUUUACAAAUUUUAAAUACGUAAUAAAGAAGAGUCAAGAAUAAACAGAAUAUCGUACAAAAGAGAAUAAGGAAAACCAACACAAUCCCAAAUAUCUUUAUCACUUCCUAGUUUUGGAUCUCAGAACUCUGGGUUCAGCCUGACCCAACUCCAGGGCCGC